AGGGUGGAAGGCAGUUUUACAGCUUUGACAUACUACCUAGAAGGUUAGGGCACAAGGAGAGCACAGAUUAAUGACUGCUCAGUCUUGAUCAGUUGUGAACAAACAAUAGGCCAGAGUCCAGGAUGAACUCCUACUUAGACUACCCAGUGUGUAACAGGGGUGCAAAUAUUUUCAGUGCAAAGGCCGGAUACCACAAUUUGAACCAUGGAUACAUGUCCAACUCGUGCAGUGCAACAAGUGAUAGUUACUCAGCAGACGGGCGUUUAGUUGCUGCAACUUCAGCUCCACACCAGACCUCCAGCAGCCUCCCUCUGCACCACCAGACACACCACAACCUGGAUCUGCAGUUUGCACCACCUGGGAGCUCCAUGUACGGGUCUCCUCUGGAGUACGGACAUCACCAGUACGAGCAGGACAGGAGCUUCAUUCAUGCUCAGGUUUCUCCCCUUGGAACAAACAUGGCUCCCUAUACUGGAGACAGCUGUGGGCCUGGAGUUGCACCACCAGGCAGCCAGUAUCUACACUUUGGAAACGGAGAUCAGAGGCAGCAAGAAUAUCCAGAGAGCGUUUACACAAGAUUACCACUCCAAAGCAAGGAGAAGGAUCUGGACCCUGUGGAGGAAACUUCUAAAACAUUCGACUGGAUGAAAGUGAAGAGGAAUCCUCCUAAAACAGCUGUCCUGUCGGAGUUCGGUGUUCCCGGCCAACACAACGUGAUCCGCACCAACUUCACCACCAAGCAGCUGACCGAGCUGGAGAAAGAGUUCCACUUCAACAAGUACCUGACGCGGGCUCGGAGGGUGGAGGUGGCCGCCAGUCUGGAGCUCAACGAGACGCAGGUGAAGAUCUGGUUCCAGAACCGCAGGAUGAAGCAGAAGAAACGCGAGAAGCUCGGCUGCGUUUUGAUCAACGCUGCAGCACCUGUGGAGAAACCAUCCGGCUCUGACAGCUCUCCAAAGGGGAAAGGGAAAGACUGUGAGCCGUGAUGGGACUUUUGAAAAACAAAACACUAUGACUGGAGGCCUGAGCAGUUUUCCACUUCUCUCCUUCAGUCGCACCAUUCCAGAAAAACUGUGAAAAUGCAUGUGGACUUUGUGAAGUAUAUACAGGGUAUGUCUGUGUCUGCUUAUAGUGCAAUGAUUAAUGCUGAGAAAACUUUUAAAAAUGUCUUUUCAUCCGUUCUUUGUAUUUGUUAACCUUCUUAUCAUAAGGCCAUGCUGUAUGUUUUUAUGUUGGAGCACUGAAUCACUCAGUGUCAUUGUUUGCACUAUUUAUUUACAGGGUAUUUUUCCAACAACUGCUGAGAUGUUUUAGUUUAAUAAAGUUUAUAAAAUGAAAAAGAAGUGUUGUAUUUGCUGUUUAUGUAAAAAGAAAAAAUGCUGUAACAAAUGCUCAUAAUCACAAUUAAGUCCAAUCAAACUUUUAAUUUUGAUACAGAAUUUUCUCUUUGACAAAAUCUUGUCCUGCUAUUUUUAAAAAAAUAUAUGUAAAUAAUAAAUUGUUCUAAAUAUGAA